UCUCCACCCCUCCUCGACCAUUCUAUACACACCACUUAAAGCCACGCCCCCUCCGGCUAGUUCAGCCAAUCAGAUUUCCCUAGUCCGGCACCUGCCGGCUGCCCCGCCUCUUUCCCAGUCACUGUCAGAAUCGCUGCUGACCGUUGAGGAGGAAGGAAGGUGCGCGAGGCGGAGGAGAAGGAGACUGAAAUCUGGAUUGUAAUCAAGUUGAGACUGAAAAACAAGCCUUGCAUUGAUGACUUAGGGAGACGUUGAAGGACACUUUCUUUUCCGUAGCAACAUUAUUGCAAGCUAUUCAAGACAGAAUGAAGUGCCUGGUUAUGUUUUUGAAAUGUUAAAAUUUUCCAAUCGGUCAUAUUUCCUGGGUGAUGAGGGUUUUUUUGGUCCAGAUUUCUGAAUGAUUCUUCAUAGCUGGAAUAGCAGGAAUCAAAAUGCAGGGUCAGGACUCAGCAGAAAUGCCUAGUGGUAUGGAACUUUCAAGACAGUCAUGUUCAAAUGUUCUGCCAGCAGAGAUGUCUGCCAGUGAAAAGACUGAUGGAGCUGAUGAAUAUUACCUAAACCUAGCUGGAAAUCUUGAUGAAAGCUUGGAAGUGGAGAAGGUUCAGAAAAAUCUUCCUAGCAGCAAGAAUGGAAGUGUGCAUGAAGCAUCACUGGAAAUUCCUCAUGACACCAGCGCAGUGGAAACCAGCAGUACAUGGGGUGACUUUGAAGCAUUCAGUGAAGCCAAGCUGAGGAACGUAAGCGACACCCCAGAAUCUUUGCAGAAAUUAAGUGAAAAACAAGUUUACAUGAAUGGUGUCGAUCUCAACCACAAUUGCACCACUACCUCAUGGACUCAGUUCUUUUCUCAAACGGCUAGGCACAAUGGAAGAGAAACUUCUACUAAUGUGAAGGCUGUCUCCAGUGUUGAAGAUAUUAUUAAACUGAGCUUUCCAGCCAUUCCCAUACCACAGCUAUUGGAAAAAAUAAGCAGUUUGGAACAAGUACUUCGGACAAAAACAGACAACACAGAAGAUUCUGAAUGUACAGAGCAACAACUUUGCAGCGACUCAGCAAACUUAUGGAAGACUUUUACUCAGUGCAAUAACCUGUCCAGUUUUGGAUGUCCUUGGAAUGAAUCUCGUAAUCAAGAAAACCUUUUAGCUGUGCUUGGAAUUGAUGUUCAUCAAAAGGCUCUUCCAGAAGGUGAAAAUGAAAUUUUGGAGGAAAUGAAAGUGGAAGAAAAUGAAGAUUCCAGUGCUGAUAAAUGCAACAUCAGCAUGUGCAAAGCGCUAAUUCAAACCAAGCUUUCUGUAUCUCCUGAUGCCAGACAGAGCCAUCUCUUCACAUAUAACCUCUUCUUGAAGAAAACCCCAUCCACUGGAAAUAUGCAAUAUAUAACAGUUCCCCAAAAGAAGAGGAUUUUUACCACACAAAGCCUAAGGAUGAAAUUGUUUAGCAGCAAUGUUUGUUAAUACAUAUAUUUCUUGUCAUGCUUUCCCCCCUUAAAAACAAGAACACCCUUAUGCCGUUACUAAUUUUAAGCUGGGGAAUGCUGCUGGGGUGAAGAAAAUGAGAAUUCAAUGUUCCACUCCAUUCUACUGCCAGGGUUAUGUAUGGUUCCAUCAUAACUCAUGACACUAUCAAGUGGGGCAUGGAAAUCAUGAAGUUUGCCUUGUGAUGAACCAGCUAGGAACACAUGUGUGGUGCUAAUGCAUUCUUGCCAUGGUGAAACAGCCUUGCAGGACUGAAUAGCAUUUUCCCAACCCUUCUAACUAUGGCCAGGAUUAAAACACAAGUGCUUUCAAUGUGCCUUGCCAUGUCCCCCCCUUGACUGCAUCUUACAGGCCCUAACAACCUGGCCAUAUUGCCCUUGCCUGUGUUACUACUGAUAUAACUGGCUUAUGAGUUGCCUUUUUUUUGUAAACAGUCUUGGUUACCUAUAUAUUUGCUUCUGUACCACUUAAUGAUAAGACUGUCAUAUUUUUCUUUAUCAUCUUGACCAUACUCUUGAUUUAAUGGAGAAGUAAGAUCUGCUUCAUUUUCUGUUCUGGAAGAGGCUGCUCAUUGGUACUCUUGAGCAGAUCAGAUCCUUUUAGUCCUAGCUUGAUAGCAUAGUUGUGUGGGCUGAGCUGGCCAGCAGUGCUCACAUUAUAUUAAAAAGCCCUGAGAGGUUUAAGGGCUAUGUAAAUCCUAUUGCUUCUCCCAACAAAUGGUGGAUUCUGAGUUCUAUCAACAGCUUGUUAGAUGAAAUGCAAUGCCUAGAACUCUUACAACUAGCACACAUUUAAACUAUGUUUGGGGAUGGAGGGGGCCCUUUUUUAAUGUUGUGACCAACAGUUUAGUGCAAAAGAAGAGUGAUAGUAAUAUUUCAGACAAUUUGUCUUUGUUUAUGAGUUCAUUGAAUCGGAAACGGUUAGAACAGUUUGCUGUAAAUUAGAAAGCAUUGGUCCAGCUUCAUAAAUUUGCUCCAUCAUUCAUUACCCUCUCUGUUGAACAUUCAUCUUGUUCCAUAUAAAGUCUGCUGGAAUCAUACAUAUUUAUGUCCUGGAGUAGGUGAAGUAUAACUCCUUUCAGUCCUGCAACUUUAAAAGUAGAGAGCUUAAAUGCUGUCACCAAAUAAGAUCUGGAGUUGGUGGAAAGUUGUUAGUUGCUUCUCUGUCUCUACCUCUCCCAUGUCACUAAGUAGCUUAUCAUACAAAGAACACAAGUGGGUUAUCUGGCUUAUAUUUUAUAAUUAUAUUAACUGUCAAUUAAGUGUAGGAGCAGUGAAUCCUUUAUGGUAGGGUUCCUCUGAAGAACAUAUUAUCUGGAGGGCAAGAAUUCUUUCCUAUCAGACCCAGAAAGCAUGACCAGGAAUGACGGGAACCACAGUUGAACAUUAUCUGAAAUGCCGCAAGUUCUCUACCCUGCUCUACAGCCUUCUACUCCAUGUCUUCUGGUUUAGUACUUGCAUGUGUGUUAGCCUGACCCCGAAGUUUUCUGGUCUGGCAAGUGACAAGGAGGGUAAAGAUUUGUUUCAGCAUUCCAGUAAACACCAGUGUAAAUAUGGUUUGUUCUGUGCUCUUAAGCAUGGUUAGGAGUUUUAUGGGUUGUGUUCUCAGGUCUAGAGUAAAACCUGUUUGGCACUUUUGAUAAUUUAGAAGAAACAGUUUUGUGUACUUACUACUUAUUUUUAGAGCAAUAGUUCAGCUGCCUUUGGGUAUUAACUGCUUAGCAAUGGGUAGGCCAGAGUGUAUGAUGGAAAAACAAAGUAAGCAUGUCAUGCCCCUGCAUGAAUGGGAGGGCCAGUAACAUGGACAGAUUUUAGGUCUGAAUAAUAGGGACCUCUUAUAGGACAUUUGUCAAGAACUUACCAAGUCUGCACUGAUGUUUUGUAACACUGCCUUUAAUAAAAUAUUCACAUUAUAGA